AUUCGCGUCGAUCUAUAACUUUGAAAAUGAAAUUAUUCGCCAUUGCACUGCUGAACUUUGUCGUUCUUGGAGAAUGCUCGCUCUUGGAGAUGUCCCAAGUUCUCUGGACUCGACUUUUGGCUGGCGGACUGGCCAAAGGAGCUGCUCUGGACCCACUGCGGGUUCCGGUGGUCAAAGUGGACCAAUCCGAGGGCAACACGAGCUACAGAAUAGUCCUCCGAAACGUCGAGAUCAGGGGGCUGAACCUUUCCACUCUUGAGAGCGUUCACAUCGCGAGGGGGAGACUGAAGGCUAACCUGAGUGAACUGGAGGCUGGAUACGUGAGCUACAGUGACCUGAGGGAACUGGACUCGAUCAGGUACAGAUUUCACACUUUGGUAAAGGAGCCGAAGACAAGAAACUACACCGAGGAACAAACCUCUGAUUUCGUCGAUUCAAAGCCCGCCGGAAGCAUGGAGUCUCAAAUGCCUCUGGUCAAAGCUAAUCAGCGAUAUCGACAGAAAACGGAGGCUCACGACGAGAUCGUGGACGUUGUCUACGCCGCAAACUUCAGGCCGUUUGAAAAGCUUAGUUCAAGCGAGCAAAAGGAGCAGUUGGCCUUUAGUGCUUCCAUGGAAGAGAGGCCUGAGGACGGGAGGGAAGAAAGUGGCGACGAGCAGAUUGAGUGCACCGGAAAUUGUGCUACGAAUCGAAGUCCAUCCAGAAGUUCGUCGAACAUUAGAAGAGCGGAUGUAUCUCAAGGUACUCGAGGCAAUCGGAAGUUCGGUGAGUUUGGUGAAGACGAUGCUGAGGAUAAGUUCGUCGAACAAGGCGAUGCUCACGUCUCGGCGUCUGAGAGUGUUGAACAGAAGCAGACAUUUGUAAAGGCCAGACAACCGACCAGGGGUGAGAGGAUUGUCAGCUCUCCAGAGUCCAGGAAUCGCAGAAAACACGUGAUUAGCGCGAAUCUCGAGGUUCCGCUUCAACAGUCAGGAUCAACACGUCAUCACCAGGACGUAUUCAGACCAACAAGCAAUUCGAGCGUUCGUCCAGGUAUGGAAAGUCCAAGGGUGACUGCUGAACGUGGUUAUCAAACGCCACCUGGUUACGUUGACAUCAUCUACGCGGACGACGAUGACAAGAAAAUCAAACAUUUUGCUGGGUUUAGAAGAAAAGACGACGAGAACUUGAGGGUUUAUGGGCUGGAUGAAAUCAGAAAGGAGAUCGAACGGAACAAUCGUUACAUAAUUCACAAUUUCACGGUGACAGAGGCGAUUCAGAAACGUAACAACAUGACACUUGCAGCUGCGGAAAGUAAGAGGAUCAAGGACUUGAUUAGAUACGCCGAGAAAUUCCAAGAGAAAGAUGGCUACUUCGAGCAAGGCAUGCAGCUGAUUUAUCACUUCGGUGGAAUGGAUGAGUUCGAUCCUUACGGUUCAGAAACAGUUCGAGAGCCAGAUUCGAAUGCAGCUAAGCGCCGAAAACGUGAACACAACAACCAUGAUAUAGAAGAUGACAUUAUGCAUGUCAUAAUAGGUAUUCGAGUACCGCUUCUGGAAGUAAAAGCGGACUACCAUUUAACCGGCAAAGUAGGAAGUGAUGUUUUGAGAGGAAACGGUCUGCUAACCGGAAGUUUUAAUGAUUUGAUUGGGAACUUUACACUGGAGCUGAGAAAAGUCGGUAAAAGCACAAUGGUUGUUCGAGCAGCCAGAGCGAGGCUGGUGGCAAGUGAUCGUAAAGUUUCUCUCCAGGGGAUGAACGAAAAAGGACCAGUUGAAUCCGUCCUAGUACACGGUCUAAUGGCCGCCGAGGCUGUCGCCGCUAUGAUAGCCGAUGACUUGGCGACAAAAGCAUUGAGCGAAAACCGAGCCAACGAUGCCAUGAUAUACAAAAUGUACUCCAACGAUCCGGGAUCACUCUGA